AUGUCAAACCUCAUACUGUGCCUGCAGGAAGAUGGGUUUUGGAUUGGAGCAACGGAUCUAAAUUCGGAAUCUCAUUGGAGAUGGGUUUCAGGCGACCCAAGCAUGCCUUAUUCAAACUGGGAGCCAGGACAGGGGCCAUCUCAAUCCGGGUUCCUCUUUGCUGCUGGAGAUUUAGAAGAUUGUGCCAUCAUGCGUAUCGAAGAUGGAUUCAGAUGGCAUGACUACCCUUGCUCUAACUUCUUUUACCACUAUUCCUUUAUUUGUCAACAUAAGAAGCUUCCACGCUCCACUCACCACGUACAUCCAACUAAGUUGACAACUAAUUACGUACCUCCAACAACAACCAUAUAUAUUCCUCCGACAACUACAAAAUACAUCCCACCAACAACAACCAAAUAUGUCCCACCAACAACAACCAAAUAUGUUCCACCAACAACUACAAAAUAUAUCCCCCCGACAACAACCAAAUAUGUUCCACCAACGACUACAAAAUAUAUCCCUCCGACAACAACCAAGUAUGUUCCACAAACAACAACAAAGUUCGAACCAGAAACCUAUUCUACAACCAGGUUUGUACCGUGGACGGAGAAGACAACAAUGCUUAGUCAGAAAACACGAUCGUCCACAGCGUUUGUUCCUCCUGAAGAAACCAAGCUCCCUACCUCAACACCAGAACCUGCCCCAGAAACACCCCCGAUAUCUGGCGGGGGUGGCGGAGACCCAUUUAGCGGAGGAUUCGCAUCUACAAGAAAACCUCCUUCCACCACAACCGAAGACGAUACAGGGGUUAUCAUCAUUGGUUGAGGGAAUAUCAUCUUCAAUUCCAAGUGGUUUUUUUUUCACUUCUAGAAAUAAAUGGGUUUUUUAACAUUA